GGCGUCUGAUUAAUAUUUGAUAAACAAAGGUUGCAAGGUUCUCAUCAGCGUAAGGAGGUAGCUAGACUGGGAGAAUUCAAGGCUCAAGAUCAGACAUAUCUGUUUACAGCGACGAGUCAAAAUUUGCCUAAAAUGAGUGAGGCAAGCAUAAGAGCCAUGGGUAAGGAAAAUAAGCGGGUUAGAGAUACGGUGACUCUGCGAAAUGAAGAAAUUAAGCUGCUCAAUGAUGAAAUUAAGCAGCUGAACGAGAGGGUGGCUCGGCGAGACAAUGAAAUUAAGGAGCUCAAAGAGAGGGUGACUAGGCGAGACAAUGAAAUUAAGGAGCUCAAAGAGAGGGUGACUCGGCGAGACAAUGAAAUUAAGCAGCUCAAAGAUGAAAUUAAGCAGCUCAAGGCUCAAGAUCAGACAUAUCUGUUUGCAGCGACGAGUCAAAAUUCGCCUAAAAUGGGUGAGCCAAGCAUAAGAGCCAGGUUUAAGGAAAUUAAUCUGCGAGAUGAUGAAAUUAAGCUGCUGAAAGAGCGGGUGACUCGGCGAGACGAUGAAAUUAAGCAGCUCAAAGGUGAAAUUAAGCAGCUCAAUGAGAGGGUGACUCGACGAGAUGAUGAAAUUAAGCAGCUCAAAGAGAAGGUGACUCGGCGAGACGACAAAAUUAAGCAGAAGGAUGAGGAAUAUGACAAGCUCAGGAAUCAGCUUAGACGAGUUAUAAAUAGCUUGUCCUCAAUUGUAGAUGGAGGACAUUAAGAACCCAAUGCUAAUAAUAUUAAUAAAGUCUGCAAAAGCUUGCCCUCCCUCCAUUAUAUUCAAUCAGAAUUUGGUUCUUGGAUUCAUAAAUAUUAAUUUACUGCAAUCGAUAUCAUUUUAUUUUGA